GUUACGUUUUUGCCGUACCAUCGAUGGUUUGUAGCUGAGGACGCUUCAUUGCAAUAUUUACUUCCAACUUUGCUUUUGUAUCGUGUUGUUCGGUCGUCAACGUUCUUGUUGUGUGAAAUCUACAUCUUCAUUAUAUUUUUCAUUGUGGUCCCCAUCGUUUGUCGUUCGUUUCAAAACAUAAAAUAUCUGUAUAUUUAUAUAUAUAUAUAUGUGAAAAAAUAAUAUACAUGGUUCAUUUUGUUUGGCGUAUUUUGUGAGUGUAGCUCUCAUCGCGAACGCGAAUUCAAAAAUCAAAGUGUUUACCUGUACAACAUUGUUGAUUUUUUAUUUUGGCAACCUGUGGUGGUUUCGAUACGCAUUUUAUCAGAUAUUGAUAAAGAAAAAUUUGUCAAUCGCAGAAAAAAAAAUCAAGCGAUCAAAACACAACAAACUAAUUAAAUGAAAAGCUCGUCAUUUGGAUGAACAAAGUUAAAAUCCAAAAAAAAAAAUCAAUUCGCGACUUUUCCCAUUUUUAAUCAUCGUGCAAUAUUUCGGUAAUUUACUGUGACUCAGCAAGAGAUUAUUAUUGUACUAAGUUUACAUAUUUAUCAGCGCGACAGAGAAAGAGCAGUGAGUGAAACUAAAUAUUUAAAAAGGACAGUAAAAGUAAAUUUUUUUUCCUCGGCCAAUAAUCGAAAUUUUCCUGCACUCGGUCAUGGUCGAAGAUAAAAAUAUUAUUGAUAAAUUGUGCAUUGAUAAAGUGACCAAAGAACCAACAAAAUCAAAUAGCUCCGGCAUUGUAUCGAAUUGCGAUAAUGUACGUAAACUUCAGCAUUUGAUCGUCGUUGGGAAUAGUAACAGCAACAACAGCAAUAGCAACAGUAUCAAGGAACAUCGACCAUUUCAGUUCGGUGUACGUGACGGUGAAAAGAAAACACAAGAAGUUACCGUUAUCGGUGCAGAUCACAAUAGUCUAAACGCAAAUUCUACCAUUGAUUCACGGGCUUGCUACAAACCUGAGAAAAAGCAAAUCGACGAAUUGUACAGUAUUUUAAGCAAAGACACAACAAUGACGAACUCACAGCUAUGGUUUCGUGGAGUGCGCGCUUCAAAAUUUCGACAUGUAUACGGAGCACCAUCGCGAAAGGAAAAUAGCUAUACGGACAUUAGUGUCGUUCGGAGCGGAAACGAUGGCAAUUUGUGCGCAGUGAACCCGUUGUUUUUGGCAAUUGUGGUUGACUAUGCCUUCGUCGUCAUUCCCAUCUCACAAACUGGCCGAAUCGAUUUUCAGUGCAAUAAAGUUAUUGGACAUUCGGGACAAAUUUUAGACUUAAAAUGGAGCCCAUUCAACGAUUGCAUCAUUGCAUCGGCUUCAGAUGACUGUUCGAUUAAAAUCUGGCGCAUUCCCGAAGAAGGUUUAACAUCAAAUCUUGACACGUAUGAAUCGGAACUCUUGGGUCACAGACGAAAAGUUUUACACAUUGAAUGGCAUCCAACAGCAAACAAUGUUAUUUUCAGUGCCGGUUUCGAUCACACCGUGCUCGUCUGGGAUAUUUCAACUCAAGAAAUCAUGCAAACGAUUACGUGUCACGUCGAUAUGAUCUACUCAUUGGCUGUCAACCGUGAUGGUUCUUAUAUUGCAACCACAUCCAAAGACAAGAAAUUACGUGUAAUUGAACCACGAAUGGCAAUCGUUAUUUCGGAAGGAGUCUGUCACAUGGGCACAAAGUGUUCAAAAGUGGCAUUUUUGGACAAUGGCAAAGUAAUGACAACCGGAUUUUCACGACACUCCGAUCGACAAUAUUCGAUUUGGGAUCAACACGAUCUUAAAAAUCCCCUGCACCAAGAAGUUAUGGACAGCUCCAGCGGUGUAGUGACUCCAUAUUAUGACUAUGAUACAAGAAUGCUCUAUUUAGCCGGCAAGGGAGAUGGAAGUAUUCGUUACUAUGAAAUAGUUGAUGAAGCCCCCUACAUUCACUAUUUGAAUCAAUUUUUAUCGGGUCAUCCGCAGAAAGCGCUUGGUUUUAUGCCAAAACGUGGUUUAAACACACAAAUCUGUGAAAUAUUUCGAUUUUAUAAGCUUCAUGCAGCUGGUAGCAUAUGUGAACCGAUCGCUAUGAUUGUACCACGACGAUCGACAAUGUUUCAAAAUGAUUUGUAUCCGGAUACAGCGGCCAAUGUGCCAGCAAUAUCAGCUAAAGAAUGGUUCAAGGGACGAAAUGUGCAACCAAUUAUGAUGUCAAUGGUAAAUAAACUGCCAAAAAAUGCCAACGAUAUUACAAAUGCGAAAAAUAAACAGAACGAACAGCAACAUCAAAAUCAACAUCACCAGCAACAGCAACAGCAACAGCAUCACCAUCAACAACAGCAACAGCAACAGCAGAAACACCAGCAACACACGAACGAACAACCGACUUCAAUUGAACGCAAAUACGAAAAAAUGGUCGACUCAAAUUAUAAUCUUAAUAUCAAAAGCAAUAUGAACGGGUUAAAUAAGCACAAAGACAACGAUAACAAAUUAAACAGUUGUGAUAAUAAUAAUACGAGAAAAUUCGCUUUUUUGGCACAACAAACAAUACCAGACUAUCGCUCUCAACAGUUGAUUGAGAAAAGUCAAAAGACAUCAUCAAAUCAAAGUACGAAAUUUCAUCAGCUACAGGCUAUAUUUGGGCAUCAAGGUGCAACAAUCAAAGAUAUAGCCAAUAUACAAAACAGCUUGAUGACCACACCAAAGAAUGGAACGCCUAAUGGUUCGCUUGAGAAUUUAAAUUUCUCUGAAAAUGAGCUACGAAAAGCAUACAAUCGCCAAAUUGAAGAGAUAAAAAAUUUGAAAAAUCAACUAACCAAUUCGGAGAAACGACGCGAAGAGCUAGAGAUUGAAGUGAAACGCUUGCAAUUGUUAGCAAGUUAAAUAAUUCUUUCAAAUAACCGGAAGAAGAAGAGUGAAGAAAUUUAUGAAUGUGCAUGUGCAAUGUGCAUCCAGUUUUAAUCGAAUUAUAUUUUCAACUAUUUCCACUGUGUAUUUCAAUUGUAUUUUAUGGUUUAAGUUAAUUUAUCGAGAUUUUUUUUUUUGUUUGUAGUCAGUUUGUUUCCACGAACAACAUAAAUGACAACAGUAGACAUGUAUAACAUGUGUAUAAGCUUAAAAAUGUCUAUAAUGGAGCUGCAAAUUUAUAUAAACUUAAUACAAUACCAAUUCGAUAAAGAGUGAAAGUAUAAUAUAAAAGAUUACAUUGAUAUGAUAAUGGGCUUUUAUAGAGGUGUUUUUAGGCAAUAAGUGGUGUAUUUAUGAAUUUUUGCUACUAAGAUCAAUCACAAUUAUUCGUGAAUGUGUUUGGCGUCAUAUUUUUUUUUUUAGAUAAAUUGCACGAUACUUCGUACAAAAACCUAACAUUUUUAAUUUUUUAUACAAGAAAGAAGACAAUGCAUUGGCUUAAGACAUUUUGCUCAUAUUGGUUCUAACAAAUUAAAUUAAAUAAGAAAAAGGCGAAAAAAAACAACAACAAAAUUUUAUAAUAAUAAAAAAGUGCUUUUUUAUGACAUUGUUUACAUAAUGACUCAAUGUAAAGUAAUCGAUGAAUGUGCAUGAGUUUUUUUUUUAAAUUCAGACAUAGAUACAAAUAAUUGUGUUUGUUUACUAGAGUAAAUAUGUAAAACAGCAUUUUGCAAUAAUUUUCAUAUGACAUAAAAUGAUUGUGAUAUUUUCCACACAUUUCUUUUAUUUGUUUCUUUACUGUAAUUUUAAAUGUGCUGUAAUUUUGAUAAAAUUGUUUCAAUGUUCACAUCUUCAUCGUAUAAAUCACGAGCUGAUGAGUUUCCUUUUAAAUUUAAUCGUUUUAAAUAUUUAUUUUCAUCAAAACUUGAACGAUUCGUUAUUGUCAUCUGUGGUGGAGACAUCAAUUUAUUCGAAUAUUUAUGAAGAGACGUAAAUCAAAUAAGAAUUAAAUAAAUGUAUGCAUGUAAAAUCAUUA